GGGCGAACGGCGCGGUAGGCGAACGCGUCGCUCUGUCACAACAACAACAACAUUAGUCAGGAACACCAGCGGAAGAGGAGGCGUUCCUUCAAAGCUUCCCAGGAGAUCGAGAUAAAUAUAACAUUCCUUGGAGCUUUUUAACCCGUGAGGCGCAUUUGGAGUUCAUCGUAGAUAGAUAUAUCUUCAUCUUUUUAUUCUUUGGCGGCUUGAAAAGAAGGAGGAGACAUGGCAGACGAUAUUCUUUCCCUGAAGUGGAACAACCACAUUAAGACAUUCCAUGAGAUGCUUGGCAGUAUUAGACACAAGGGUUUCUACUCUGAUGCAACCAUUACCUGCGAUGGAAAGUUUUAUCCAGUUCACAAGCUAGUUUUAUCAUCAUGCAGUGACUAUUUUGGAAGUAUAUUUGAUGCCACACAGUGCAAGCAUCCUGUUAUUGUUAUCAAGGACAUCAAGCAUGAAGAUAUGGAAGCCCUUUUGAAUUAUAUGUAUCUGGGAGAAGCCAAGGUGGCACGAAGUCUCCUGCCUGAACUUUUCAAGGCUGCAGAGUGCCUCAAAAUAAAAGGACUGGCCAUUCCUGAUGAGGCACUGACCCAUGACGAGACCAAUAUAACCAAACCUGAUAUAGAAGGCAGCCCCCCAAGGAAACGGCAGAAACCAGAUGGACCAGCACCAGAUACUGAAUGUAUGGAGAUUUCCAUGAGGAAUCAGCACGACCAGGAGGGACACCAUCAGUCAGAAUAUGUGUCACAGCAGGAGUCUAGAGCCUAUGACCUUAAGGCACACAGAGAUCCUUUCAACGUUACCAAAGAGGAAGUAGACUUUGAAAGCAUAUCCGAGAGCGAGGUGGUAGAGAGAGAAAAGGACAUUCCUGAGCUUCAAGAAAUUAUGCAACCACUGAUGCCCACAAGACAACCUCACAUAGCCCAGGACCCUUACAUACAAUGGAAGCCAGAAACAAGUGGCCAUCACAGCAAUUCUGGUUAUCCUUUGUGUCCAACCAACUCUGUAAUGAAUAUGAAUAUGAAGGAGGAACCUACCAUCGACCCUGUCAAUACUCUGAAAUGUCCUUACUGUCCCAAGACUUUCCUCUAUCCUGCCAAACUACAAAGCCACCUACGAACUCACACAGGAGAGAAACCUUUUGCAUGCCCUUUCUGUACGUACCGAGCUACGCAACAAGGAAACCUCAAUCGCCACAUUAAGAUUAAGCAUCACAGAGAGAACCCAGAAAACCCAGAGGGUAAUUAGAUGAUAAAAAUUCUGUGUAUUGUUGUUACAUGAAAUAAUUGUGUAACAUUGUUUUUUAGAACUGAAUAGAAGAUCUUUAGGAAUCAGUGGUGCAUUGAUUAUCAUGAAUAAAGUACAGAAAAAGAGCAUUUUAUAAGAAAAGAAAAAAAAAAACUUUUAACAAACUACUUGAUCAACUAUGCAAUAAUAUCUUAGGAGUUUUUAAAGUUUUGAAAGAAAAUGAAUAGUUGUGGUCAUCAAACCCUUUAAUUAUAGUAGUAUGAUAAACAAAUUUCUUUGGUAAUAGAAGAGAGAAGCAUGUUCUGUUUCCUUUCAGGAGCAAUGGGUAAUAAACACCUAUAAAGAACAGUCAGAAAAGCUAACAUAUAUGAUAUGAUUUAUGCAUGUGUGUGUGUGUGGGGGGGGGAGACUGUGUGACUGUGUGUGUGUGUGUGUGUGUGUGUGUGUGUGUGUGUGUGUGUGUGUGUGUGUGUGUGUGUGUGUGUGUGUGUGUGUGUGUGUGUGAGAGGGAGCAAGGGGUUAAUAUACACAAGCAAAGAACAGACUGAAAAAAAUAACAUAUAUGAUUUAUUUGGGUGUGUGUGUGUGUGUGUGUGAGUGUGUGAGAGUGUGUGUGUGUGUGUGUGUGUGUGUGUGUGUGUG